UGCGGUGAGGGGAUCUUAUUUGCUAACAAUGAAAAGGCGACUAUGCAGAACCUUAAUGAUCGCUUGGCCUCCUACCUGGACAAGGUGCGACUCUUGGAGGGAGAAAAUGCUGAUCUUGAGCGCAAAAUCAGGGAGUGGUAUACUAAAGUAGGCCCCAGCUGUGAACCACAGGACUACAGCUGUUUUCACAAAGAAAUUGAUGAUCUUCAAAAUCAGAUCCUGUGUGCAGCUAUGGAAGCUAACAAAAUUCUUUUGAAUACUGAUAACAACAGGAUGACUGCUGAUGACUUCAGAGUGAAGUAUGAGACUGAAUGCGGUCUCCGGCAAAAUGCGGAUGCAGAUAUUUGUAACUUACGCCCUGUCGUGGAUCAGCUGGCCAGCUGCAAGACUGAUCUUCAGUUUCAGUUUGAGGCCUUGACCGAAGAGAUGUGUUGUCUCAAGACAAACCAUGAGGAGGAAAUGAGCUGUCUGAGGAAACAAGUGACUGGUGAUGUGAGCGUGGAGGUCAACGCCUGUCCUGGCCCAGACCUCAGGAAGAUCCUGGAGGACUUGAGGUGCCAGUAUGAAACCCUGAUGGAGCGCAACCGCAAAGAGACUGAACAGUGGUAUGCCUGCAAGGUAGAGGAGGUGAACUUGGAGGUCAUCACAAGCAGCCAGGAGAUAGAGUCAAGCAACAAACAGGUCACUGAACUGAGACGUCAGCUGCAGGCCUUGGAAAUCAAUGUACAAGCCCAGCUCAACAUGAAAGAAAAUUUGGAAUCCUCUUUAGCAGAAACUGAAUGUCGCUACAACAAAUACCUUGCUGAGCUACAGAGCCAGAUCUCCUGCGUGGAGCAGUGGCUGGCUGAAAUACGAGAGGAAAUGGAGUGCCAGAACCAAGAAUACAAGACCCUAUUGGACGUCAAGUGCCGUUUGGAGCAGGAGAUUCAGACCUACCACUGCCUGCUGGAGGGGGGACAGCAGGACAUUGUGUAUGCAGACUACAGACAAACCCGGGCAUAG